AUGCCAAAGCGUGGAAGAGGUAGAGGUGGUUCUAGAGGUGGAAGAGGAAGACCUGGCAGAGGCGGUCGUGGAGGCUACAUCGGUGGUAAACACAACAAGUACAACAAGAAGAAGAACCGCAAUACCAAAACCAUAGAUGGUGAUCAUGUUUGGCCUAGUUCUCAAAGAGAGUUCCCAGAGUUGCAUGACUUGAGUGAUGCAGUAGACUUCUUGUUACCAUCCAAUCCAGAACACUCUCUACGGGCUGCAGCUGCCAGAGGUUCUAAACGUCGUUUUAGAUUACAAGAUGAAGCACUCAAUACAGAAGAAAAUAUGGAGAAUACAAUGAAGCUUCCACUAAGGAAGAGACCAGUUGAGUUUGUUAAAGCUUCUACAUUUGAUCCAUCUAAUGAUAUCAUAAGGAAGCUCAAAGAAAAAGAAGAUUACCUUGAAAAAAUAAAUAAAAAUGAAGUUUCAUUUGUCAAGACGGAGGCAAACGAUAAUAAUAAUAGAAAUGAUGAAUUUGAGGAUGAUGAUCAAGAUGAAGGAUCCGUUAAUGCAGUUGAUGUUGAGAUGAUAUCUGAUGACAAUGAAGCACCAGCUGUUGUGGAGGAUGAUGGGGAGUUACUCGAUCCUCCUAAAGUUGCUGUUGAAAAGAUCGAAGUUAAAGAUAUACCAAUAUUAAAGGAAAAAAAGACAAUUAUAAAAAACAAAGUAGAGUCUGUUCCAGAUGAUCAAUUGUUUUUCAAAGAUGAAGAAGGAGACAAUAAUAUUAAUAAAGAUGUUAGAGUGGUUAAAGUUGAUGAACCUUAUCAACAAAUAAUACCCCCAUCUGGUGGUGCAAAUACAGAAUACAAUCCAACCAUUUCGGUGGGUCAUGUUUUGCUGUCUACAUCUCAAGCUUCAAAUGGUGAUGUUCAAACAUUUUUGCCUGCUGGAAAAUCAAAAACUAAGGACAUUGAUCUCGAUCAGUCGAUAUAUGAAUUGGAUGAAGAUGAUGAAGAUUUACUUGACCUGAACAAAACACAAAAUAAAGAUCUGUAUCAAUCUUAUAACAGAUAUAUAUCACGUGUGAUGCAAAAUUUAGCAGACAGUGAUGAAGAAGAUGAUGAAGAUUAUGAUGAUGGUGAUAACGAGGAUGAUCUAGAAGAUACCAAAGAUCUUGAUCAGGAUAUGUUUGCAGAGUUGGAUGAAGACUUUGAAGAGGAAGCUAAAUUCAUUGCUGGCUCCGGUUUCGAAGACGAGGAUAGUGACAACCAGCCUACCACUAAUGAUGGAACAACAACUAAUAAUUUUGGAAAACUCAAUUUGAAGGAAAGCGAAGAUCAAAAGGAAGAUAAUGAUCCUGAAUACGGUUUCCUCCCAGAAGAUUAUGAGUCCUUCGAUAAUUCAUCAGUCGAUGUGAUCAAUAUAAGGUAUGGGGCAGGUUCUAAUCAAUAUUUUAUGAAAAGUUUUAUGUUGACUGGAUCUUAUGACUUUUCGUGGGUUGAUCAAGAUAUGUUUCAAGACUUUUUGAUUGAAAAUGGUAUGCCGGAACAUAGAUUGAAUGCUUAUUUCAAGCAUGUUCAAGGUCAACUUGCACCUCCUGAAGAGCCUGAAGAGAAAGAUUAUGAUAUUCCCUUCAGUGAUAGUGAUUCAGACUCUGAAGAAGAAAUAGGAAAUGAUCAGGAUGAUUAUGAUGAUGAAGGCUUAGAUGAACUGGUUAAGUACACUACAAAGUAUGAUGGUGUUAGACAGGCUGAAUACGAAACAAAGACACUUAAAACAAGAGGUAAAGGUAGAAAGAAAGAAUUAGAUCUGGACCAUAUUGCAGAUGAUGACUUGCGUCAAUCCUUAGCUGAUCAGUAUCAAGCACAAAGACACAAUAAAAAAGGCAAGAAAAGAGAUAGAGAAAGCAAUGUUGCAAGAGAGCAUUACACUUCAAAAGAUAUUUCUUUGAAAUAUCCAUACACUUUAUAUGUUAAUGAUUUCCGUACCGAAUUUGAAGAAUUUUUACAUGAUUCAAAAAGAAAUGCAUUGACUUUCCCACCAUUAGACCCUCAUGGUAACAAAACAUUGAUGAAGUUUGCAUAUCUGUACAACAUGAAGUCAAGAAAAUUUGGUCAAGGGAAACAGCAACAUGUUGUUGCAGUGAAAAACAAGAGAACAUUCCAUUCAAUUCCAGAUUACCAUUCAAUUGGACUGCUCUGUAAACAAAGACCGGUCUUCAAUAGAAUUGAUCAAAAGAGACCAAGAGUUGAAAUUGAAGCUGAAGAAUCCAAGUCAUCCAGAAGAGGUAAACCAAGCAAGGCACAUGUCAAAGAAGGUGAUAUUGUGGGUGCUGAUGCUCCAGAAAUUUCUAGUGACAACAUCGGUAGACGUUUAUUGGAGAAACUUGGUUGGAAGUCAGGUCAAGGUCUUGGAAGUGAUAAUAGAGGUAUCCCAGAGCCUGUUAUAGCAAAGGUCAAAAAGACCAAGUUGGGUCUACGUUGA